AUGGCGACUUACAUGGAGUUCAUGAUUAGCGAAGGGUUUGCCAAGUUCGCAGAAGCAAGAAAGCUUACGGAAGAGGAUUCUAAGAAUGAUCCAGAGACCAAUCCGUUUAAGUCUAAGUAUGCAGCGAGGGAAAUCUAUCAGGAACUUCGGGCAAAGCUUGAACACUACUAUGGAGUUAAUACAGAUGAACAGCAACAACAGCAGCAAGACUCAGAUCUGCAUCUGAUGUUAGCGAGUCUCCGUUACCAUCUUGGCGUCAACUAUGUGGACACUGAGGAGACCUCAUCAGGGGAGGACUACCUCAGCGCCUGCCGUAAGAUGCUCAAGGGUCUGUCCCUAGACACAAGGGCGGUUUCUCUGACUGUCAAGACCCUCAAUCAGCUUGGGAUCCUCUGGAGUGGAAGGAGAGAGCUGCAGAAAGCCCUAGAGUUAUUAUUGGAAGCUGAAAGCGUCUACAAGAAGUUCAAACACGAGGUCGGUGCAGCUCCAUUUGGAAUCAAUGACCUCCUUGUUCCAGAAGAGCACCGAUUCACUGAUCACAAGAGGCAACAGCAAUUUGAGAAGGGCUACACUCAUACUCUGUACUACCUAGCGCAAGUAUACGGUAAUCUUGGAGACAGCGAAAAGUCUGCCAGCCAUUGUCAUGAGACGUUGAAGAGACAGCUUGAAACCAGUCAGUAUGAACCCAUGGACUGGGCACUGAAUUGUGCCACGCUGUCCCAGUAUUAUAUCACACAGGACGACUACAGUCAAGCAAGGCACUGUCUAGCGAGCGCAACACGGAUCUACGCUGAGGCUCUACAGAAGCUGCCAGCUGUUGAAACAGAGGAGGACCAACUUGAUGAUGAUAUAGACAAGCUGAAACGUCAUAAAGCUGAUAUUGCUAGAUGCUGGCUCAAAUACUGCCUGGCUCUUCUCAACUUUUCCAAAGACAAGCUUACAACCAUACCAAGUGAAGCACCAACAAAUACAACUUCAUCAACAACGGACGCAAACUCAUCAACAACAACAACAACAACAACAACAACUGAGGCAGGAAUUGAAGGCAGCAGCACAUCACAGGAGAACACCCAGAACGACGGAACAGAGUCGCAGGAGAAACUCAACAAAUUGGCGUUGAGGUUUGAGUGCCUGGAACUGACAUCGCUAGAGAACAAGGUCACUGAGAAGUGUGUGGUGACGUUUGAGGAGGCUCGCGAGAUCUUUCUGGCUGGACAGGCGUGGAUCACUGAAUCCAAGGAGUACUACGUCUUAGAUGGCCACGUUUCUGAUUACAUUGAGAUUAUUAGGGACCACAGUGCAUUGUUCAAGGUCUUAGCCACCUUUGAGGUGGAUCUAGACAGACGAUGUAGAAUGCACAAGCGUCGUAUUGACAUGCUGCAGGGCAUUCUUAAAGAACUCAACCCUCAACACUUCCUAAUGGUGUGCAGGCAGCUCAUGUAUGAACUAGCUGAAACCAGCAGUGAGAUGAUGGACCUGAAGAUAGCAUUAGCAGAGGGCUCAGGGACUGCCCCGUCCAACCAAGUCUGUCAUAAAAUCAACACACUAAUUAAGCAAAGUUUAGGAUACUUCCAACAAUUUAUUGAUUCUUUGAAGGACAAAGAGAAUAAGAUGCCCACCACGCUGGAAGAAGAAGUCAUGAGACCAGCCCUAGUUGCUUAUUUCUGCAUGGCCAGAUUACAUUCAAAGUUGAUCACACCCAACUCAGAACAGAGGCUUGAGAAUCUCGCUACCAGUUUAAGCUACUACAAAAUGGUGGUCGACUACUGCAAGGCACACCCAGAGGCUCUGGGCAAAAUGCAGGUGGAAUAUGAAUUGUGUGAGGAGAUGGUUGCAUUAUUACCAGCACGCAUCGCUCAGGUCCGCAGAGAAUAAUUUACCCAUCUACUCCCAGCAGCAUACUGCCCUCUAUUGGUGAAAGCUCUUCCAGUCUCUCAUGUACGGGGCAUGCUAGACUGGUUCCCUGUCCUUAUCCGACAGCUACUGGUUUAUGUAUACACAUGUUUCCAGAUUUAAAUGUGAAUCUCCAGAUCCAUGUGAAAUGAUGCAAGGUCAAAGGUGAUUAUGUUUGUGGGCUCAAGAGCAGAUCUCUGGCAUAAUUCACAAGCCUCGAUGUGUGAUAUAAGAUGUUCAUGCUAGGGGCUGCCAUUGUCUAACCGAUCAAACCUUGAAGCUCACCUGUAUCACCAGAAACAGACUUUUCAUGUUUAUUUGUCGUGUUUAUAUUUCUCCUGGCUGUACCUCCUUUGAUUAUUGUCACAGACAUGUACCAGGGGUGAGAGUCAUUACUAAAAAAAAAGUCUGAAAAUUGGAUACAAAUUCAAAGGUUUGUUGAAAUG